AUGGUCUCGACCCGGACGCCACUAUUGCUCACGAGCGUGGAUGUGGUGUGGCGCAAGCAGCAGCAGGCGUUGGGCCACCUCCCGCACGUGGCAGCGCUGAUCUCUGCGUUCCUGGACAGCUCCGAGCUCUGGAACGUCCCGCAGGCGCUGGACUACGGCUACCUGCACCUGCUGCAGCGUCUCGGCGCCACCUCUCGGCGUCUGCGGCCGCUCUCCAACCGCAGCUGCUUCCUGUCGGCAGCGCAGCGUGGGGACAUCGCGAUGCUGCAGUGGUUGGCUGCCUACGACCCGGAGUUCGACGUCUACGGGGCAGUUCUGGACCACGCGGCGGAGCACGGCCAGCUCCACGUUGUCCAGUGGCUGGACCAAACCUUCCCGGACCUGCAGGCCAGCACCAAGGCCAUGGACUUGGCAGCGGCACGAGGCCACCUAAACGUCGUCCAAUGGCUGCAUACCCACCGAUCGGAAGGCUGCACGCAUCACGCUAUGGACGAAGCGGGGGCGCGAGGACACGUCGACGUGGUGCAGUGGCUGGACGCUCACCGCCACGAAGGGUGCACCAAGUACGCCAUGAACUUCGCCGUGUGGUACGGCCACACUUCAAUGGUGCAUUGGCUGCGCAAGAAUCGGAGCGAGGGCUGUAGUGUUCACGCGAUGGUGUUUGCAGCCAAGCGGGGGGAUCUCGCCUUGUUGCAGUGGCUGCAUGAACACAGAGAGGAGCUGCUGGCUCCCGGUUCGGACGAAAACUCGCCGUUGAUCAUGGACCACGCGGCGGAACACGGCCAUCUAGAGGUGGUCAAGUGGCUACACGCGAACACGGACGGAGGCUGCACGACGGACGCCAUGAACGGCGCAGCGCGUGGUGGGUACAUUGACAUCGUCGAGUUCCUGCAUGAGAACCGUCACGAGGGAUGCACGAGCAACGCGAUGGACGGAGCUGCACGCGGUGGUCAUCUGGACGUUGUAAAGUUCCUACACGAGCGACGCCGCGAAGGUUGUUCGUACCUCGCGAUGGACUACGCGGCUGCCGAGGGUCACCUUGAUGUCGUACAGUUCCUGCAUACUCGUCGCAGUGAAGGCUGCAGUCCGUGGGCCAUGAACUCUGCUGCGGGGGGAGGACAUUUGAGCAUCGUCAAGUUCUUGCACGAAAACCGCAGUGAGGGCUGCACCGAGCGGGCUAUCGACCGUGCAGCAGCCGGAGGAUUCCUCUCAGUUGUGCAGUUUCUUCACGAGAACCGGUCGGAGGGCUGCACGACGGAGGCUAUGGACGCCGCUGCGUGUUUUGGGCACUUGAAUGUGGUGCAGUUUCUUCACUCGAAUCGCAGUGAGGGUUGCACGAAGAAUGCGAUGGAUGCUGCUGCGCGAUGUGGCCAUCUAGACGUCGUCAAGUGGCUGCACGAGCACCGCACUGAGGGCUGCACGACAGAAGCGAUGGACGGCACGGCUUGGUUUGGGCACCUGGAUGCUCUCCGCUUUUUGCAUGGAAAUCGUAGUGAAGGCUGUUCCCGACGAGCAGUGCGCGACGCUGUGAUCGGUGGGCAUGUCAAGACAGCUCAGUGGCUGACAGAGAUCUACCCGCAGUGUCGAGUGGGUAGUGGUGCAUACUUUGGUGGAUAUACUCGGAAUGAGCUGGGUUGA